AGUAGCCAUACCGUUUUCAUGCACAUAACGUACCGUACGUGUGUAUAGCGCGUGAGAGAGAGAGAGCUCGAGCUAGAGGAGUCUAUUUCGUUUGAAUCAAAAACUAAAACAGAAAGCAAAAUGUCCGUAUUUGAUAUUUUUUCUGGCAUUGGGUCGCUUGCCAAUAUUGCUGUAAGGAUCUAUGGGGCUGUGAAGGAGGUAAAAAGUUUCAAAUCGCAGAGUAAAACCAUUGCGAACAGAGUUGAAUUUAUCCUACUGCCCGUGAGAGCGCUACAGAAGGAAGUAGACGCCAAGCAUGUUGUUCUUCCAGAUCUGGAGCGGGAGCGCGCCGGUUCCGGCCCCGAUGGCGAUGGCUAUGACUACCAGGACCAGGAAGGUCCGAUGAUGUAUAUCAGACCUCUGCUAAAGUUGAAAGAUUGCAUGGAGAGCGUUGAAUCUUUUCUCAUAAAGCUUGGAGAUACGAAAUGGGUGGACAAGUUUAUGCACAAGAAGAAAAUCCAAGCUAAUUUUGAUAAUUACAAUGACCAGCUAACCACCUUGCAAAGAAGCCUUGGUUUUUGUCUUCAGGUUGCAUUCCCAAAGAUUGUGUCUGAGGAAAUGAAGAAACAGCUCAGAGACGCUUUUGAUAAGGAUACAAUGGGGAAGCAGAACAAAGAAGAUCUUGAGCUGGACUUGGAGAGUAUAAAAGAGGACUUGGAGAAACUGAAGCAAGAUGGAGACAAUCAAAGUCAGGACAUUCAAGAUAUCAAGGAGAGUCUUAAUCUGAUAUAUGAAACAGGAAAAAAGGAGUUUGAGCACCUUCACCAAGAAAUACAAUUCAAAGAACAACUGAGAUCUACGGAGGAAAAGUAUGCCAGUGAAUUACGAAUGGAUUAUAGAGAGUUCACUGACCUGGAGACAUUGCAGCAAGGAACUUAUGGUCCUAUUAUCAAGACAAAGCACAGGUUUGAAGAUAAGCUGCUGGUCAGGAAAGCGUUUGAAGACAAGGAAUUAUCUUCCACGAGAGAGCUGAAAGAGCAGCUGAACCUUUGGAAGAAUCUCCAAUACUCUGCUUUCAUUGUUCAGCUCUACGGAUACACCAUGGACUAUGAAAGUCGUAUGUGCUUUGUGGUAGAGUACAUGUCUCAUGGUACCCUCCGAAGUGUUCUUCAAGACAAGGAGAAUCAUCCGUUGCCAUGGGAACAACGGGUGACGCUUGCCAGGGAUUGCGCUCAAGGCCUCUACACAAUCCAUUUUUGCCAAAAAAAGACGAUGCUACACCGGGCAAUCACUUCCACAAGAUUCCUAGUAGAUGAACGCUACAGAGCUAAGAUCUCUGACAAUGGUUUCGUGAAGUCAGCAUCGAAGAUCAGUAAGAGCAAAUCAACCAUGUUAUCUGGGGGCCGUGGGUCCGUCGAACAAGAUGAAAUAAACUACCUCUGCCCUGAGGAAACAAGUAUGAGUUUCAAGCGCAGUAUCAAGAGUGAAGUCUACAAAUUUGGAGUGAUAUUGUAUGAGAUUGCUUCAAGGAUGCAGCCCUUCCAAGCCAUGGAACAACAAGAUGGAACUCCCCUAGACCACAUGAAAAAGUACAACUUCAUCAAGGAUGGAAAAACAGAAGAUCCUCCUAGCGACACUCCAGAAGCUUUCAAAGAUCUCAUUUCUCUCUGUCGGCAGAGGGCUCCUGGUAAAAGGCCAGCCACUGAUGCUGUUGUUGCCCAUCUCAAUAAGAUGUGCUAGGUCAGAUCUCGCUUGCAAUUGAUGUAAAAUGUCGCUACUUCAAUAAAAUGACAGAGAUGCAGCCUUCUACUUCUCGAAUACCCUCCGUUCAUCAUUUGCACCAGCUCGUCUCUCGUCUUACUAACAGUGAUGAUGAUAAAGCUGAUAAUGAUAAUGAUAUUAUGAUUAUGAGGAUGAUGAUGUUUAAUAUUUUUAAU